UGGAAAAGUUGGUCUCCUCAUUGCAGCAGGACUAUACCCAGGACCCAGAGGCGCAAUAUUUGUCGAUGUCAUCACCUCGAAUCGGAAUCGGUCUAGAUUGUUCGGUCAUUCCGGUUCGUCACGGAGGGCUGUGUAUGGUGCAGACGACGGAUUUCUUCUAUCUAAACUUGGACGAUCCCUACAUGAUGGGUAAGAUAGUCUGCGCCAACGUUCUGAGCGAUCUGUAUGCCAUGGGAGUGACCGAGUGCGAUAACGUGCUGAUGUUGCUUGCCGUCAGCACCAAAAUGACCGAGAAGGAACGGGAUGUCGUCAUACCGCUCAUAAUGAGAGGAUUCAAGAAUUCAGCCCUGGAGGCAGGCACAUCCGUCACCGGUGGCCAAAGUGUCGUCAACCCGUGGAGUACGAUCGGUGGGGUGGCCAUCACCAUCUGCCAGCAAAAUGACUUCAUCGUUCCGGACAAUGCCAUCGUUGGUGACGUCCUGGUUUUGACCAAGGCCCUCGGAACACAGGUAGCCGUCAAUGUACAUCAGUGGUUGAAUCAAUCGGAACGCUGGAACCGCAUAAAGCUGGUCGUCUCCGAGGAAGAUGUUCGCUAGGCGUACCACCGAUCGAUGGACUCGAUGUCUCGGUUAAACCGUAUUGCAGCCCGACUGAUGCACAAAUACAACGCUCAUGAGGCUACCGAUAUCACUGUAUUUGGUCUGCUGGGUCACGCACAGACGCUUGCAUCGCACCAGAAGAAUGAGGUUUCCUUCGUUAUUCACAAUCUACCGGUGAUUGCAAAGAUGGCUGCAGUCGCCAAGGCAUGUGGAAAUAUGUUCCAGAUGCUGCACGGACACUCGGCGGAAACCUCCGGAGGACUGUUCAUCUGCUUGCCUCGCGAACAAGCUGCUGCCUACUGUAAGGAUAUCGAGAAGCAGGAAGGCUGUCAAGCAUGGAUUAUUGGAAUCGUUGAAAAGGGUAACGGCACGGCUCGCAUCAUCGACAAACCACGAGUGAUUGAAGUUCCGGCAAAGGAGUAAGAUCUUGAAGAUUUUAAAGCAUUCUUUUCUUUACUUCUUCCAUUUGACGAACCCAACCAACGAUG